AUGUUUCUUACGCCCAAUUUUUUUAAUAAUUAUUUGAGAGAGCGUGGUCUUGGCAAUCAAAUCUACGCAGCAAUGAAAAAUGAUGAUUACUCUGAUGUAGUUAUGGCUGCUCUCAGUGUACUUGAGGAAAGUGGAAGUUUACCAACGAUAGAAAAAGAAAACAAAUGUGAGAAAAGAUCUGAUAAAUAUCGGGAAGAAGGUAAUAUAGCAUUUAAAGUUGGGAAUGUAUACAGAGCUCUAGAAUUUUACAAUAGAGCUCUGAUGUAUGCGCCGAAAACUUCAAGAGCCAUAAAACUCGCUUAUAGCAACAGGUCGGCAAUUUUAUUUAAAAUGGAACAAUUUAGUAAAUGUUUAAUUGACAUAGAAACUUGUUGUAAACUUGGUUGCCCCACAGACAUUGAAAGUAAGCUUAUUAAAAGGAAAAAUAAAGCUACAAAAAGAAGUAAAACAGAAAAUAUUACUGCAAGUUUGCUUACUAGUUACUUUAAAGAUUAUUUUAAAUUUGAUGUUAAAUCCAAUACUUCUAUACCUUGCGCUAGCUCUGACAUAGAAGUUAUAAAAGAAAGUAUUUUUAAAGUAGUUGCAGCAAAAGAUAUUAAAGUGGGAACUCCUCUGGUUUUAGAAGAUUCGUUUGUAAGUUGUAAUAACGAAGAAAAUAUACCAUUUUCUUGCCAUUACUGCCAUAAAAUGUCUUUGAACCUAAUACCAUGUGAAGGUUGUUGCUUAGUUUUGUUUUGUAGUGAAGAAUGCAAAGAAAUAUGUUUAAAAGAGUACCAUAGCAUCGAAUGUCAAAUUAUGGAGGUUAUUCAAAGCAUAGCUUUCAGUCCUAUGGCGAAAUUGAUGAUAAAAGGCACUUUGAAAUUUUGUCCAAAUGUGUGGGUCAUGGAAAAAAGUAAUUUCAUCUUCGCAUUGCACUGGUGCUGA